AUGAAGUACUGUGACCAUGUGCUGAUACUGUCCGUCUACAUCCUGACCUUCCUGAUUGGCCUUCCCGCCAACGUCCUGUGCCUCUGUGCCUUGACACUUAAGGUCCAGAGCAAGGCCACGCCCACCGACGUCCUGCUGCUCAACCUGACGGUGUCGGACCUCCUCUUCCUGCUCAUCCUGCCGCUGAAGAUGCACGAGGCUGCGUCCGGCAUGCGCUGGGACCUGCCCUACUUCCUGUGCAGCGUCACCUCCCUUGUCUUCUACUCCACCAUCUACACCAGCUCCCUCCUGCUGAUGGCCGUCAGCGUGGACCGCUUUUGGAGCGUGGCCUUCCCUAUUCACUACAAGCUGCUGCGCAAGCCCGUCUACGCCAUGGUGGGCGCCGCCAUCGCCUUUGUGUUCGGCUCCGCCGGUUGCGGCAUCCUCUUCUUGACCCAGCACCUGCUGCGGGGAAAUGACACCAUCAACGCCUCCGUCUGCUAUGAGAACUUCACGCCGAGGCAGCUGGCGUUCCUCCUCCCCGCGCGGCUUUAUUUGUCCUCCGUCCUCUUCCUCGUCCCGCUCCUGGUCUGCGCCUUCUGCUACCUGAGCUGCAUCCGUCUCCUGUACGCCCGCUCACGGAUCUGCAGCAGGAAGCGGCAGAAGGCCGUGGGCAUGGCACUGGGCACGCUGCUGGUGUUCGUCGUCUGUUUCCUCCCCUACAACCUCUCCCACCUGCUGGGCUACCUGCACGGGCAGAGCCCCCCCUGGAGGUACUACACCGUUCUCCUCAGCACCGCAAACACCUGCCUGGACCCCAUCAUCUUCUACUUCUCCUCCUCCACCUUCCAGGCCACCAUAAAGCACUCCCUCUACAGGCUGCUGGGGUGCCGACUUUGACUUUGUCAACGAUGGCAGUCAGAGUAGAUAUGGCUGAGAUAUCAUUUUUAUGAAUGACAAACCUGUUGGCCAACUCCAUAUUCGUAUGCAGCUAACCAUAAAAGUGUGACAUUGAAUUUUCUUUUUUGGGAAUAGAGCAAUAAUAAUUUAGAAAUAAAUUACAUGAUGAUUUCUUUAGAGUGUGUGUCAACAUAUUUUUAAUCUAGGUGUGGCGAAAUUUGAAAGGUAAUGCCUCAGCUAAUUGCUUGAG